UUUACAAAUAUAUUUUUCGCACUUCAUACACAAUUUCAACUGAGACGCGGCGACUAUCCCCAGAAAUCUACCAAAAUGCCAACACUACAGAUAUUCACUAAUGUAAAAGAAGGUGAAUUUCCAGAUGGCUUCUUUGCAGGUCUGAGUUCUGUAUUUCAGAAAGCGAUUGGAAAGCCAGAAAAGUAUAUCUGUAUACAUGUCGUGCCCAACCAAAUGAUGAGCUUUGGUGGAUCAACUGAGCCGUGUGCCAUUGCCAAUGUGACUAGUAUAGGCAAACUAGGAGUGGAAGAGAAUAAGGUCCUUACCCAGGUUAUUACGACUGAAAUGCUCAAGAUUGGUGUGAAUGCAGAUCGGAUGUAUGUAGUGUUCAGGGAUGCUGCAAGACAGGAUAUAGGAUGGAACAAUACUACCUUUGCAUCAUAAAAUAAGACUUUUAGCAUGAUCUGUGAUAUAACUAUGUUUCAAGAUAUUUAAAUUCUUUCAUGAUUUGCAUUUGGCUAUGUCUAUCUGCCAAAGGAAUAAAAACAAAAGUUCGUGAAAACUUUUAUUAACUGUCACAUAAUAAGCUGUUGACAUAAUAUUUCAUGUUUAGAUGACACCAUCUUGUUUUGUAAUUGCUCUGCAUUGAUCAAGGUUGAUUUACAAAAAUUACUUCAAAAUGUUUACAAGGUAUUAACUGAUUAUGAAAAUUUUGGUUCAUCCAGGUUAAUAGACACAUGAAAAUUUUUUUGCAUCAAGUCAAUGUGGAAUUUAAGUGGAGGAGGGUUUUGCUAUUGAUCUAGGGAAUUGCAUAAAAUUGGCUGUAGUAGUAAAUUUGCUAUCAAUAGUAAUUCCUCGUGGAAUACAGGCUUGUUUUUCGGCUGUUGAGCAACAUGCCAUGGGUAGCAGCGAUCAAAAUCUAGUAUUUUUCGAAGAGUUAUAUCAAAGUUUUAUGCAACGGGGCCCUGGGCGCUUCUCCAAUAUCCUGACUCAGAUAUGCUGAAGAAGGAUUCAGUACCAGAUGAGAUACUGCCCUCCAAAUUUAAUUUGACUCAGUUAUUUGCAGUAUGAUAUUUAGUCAAAAUGUGCUGUGACAAGGAUUGAUUUUGUUCACAUAGAAUUUGAUAGAAAUGCUAUGAUCUAGUGACUUGCCAUUUAUGUACUGGGCCCCAAAACACAAAACGCCUUUGGGGUGGAAUGCAAAAAUGAAAGAAAACUCUUCAUGGGUUUGGUGAGUGUUUUUAUAUCAAGUUAACAUGACACAACGAUCCAGGUUGGCCAUUGCAAUUUAAACAAACAGUUUUGGAGCCUGCUUUUGUUACUUUAUAAUAAUAUUUGAUUUUCAGAAUCCUUUAGUAUUAUAAAAGAUUGUCACACUUUUAUGAUGAUGAUAUCGAUAAUGAUGAUAUGAUGAAGUCUGUUAUUUUGGUCAUUUGUGUUCAGUGUGAAUAUAUGCCUGUAGGCCUAUUUUUAUUUGCAUGUAAUGCAAUAUCUAAAAAAAAAAAUUUUCAAUUCAAUUCUUUUAUUUCAUUUCCAAUUGAAAGUUUGAUUUACAAAAUUUUAUUGCAGUUCUAAAUAAUUAAAUAUAUCAUGACAAGGAGUACAGUUUAUGUUUAGGAGGUUUAUAGUUAGGAUGGCGAAGAAAACUAGUUUUGAUGGACUUUACUGAUUUAAACUUGCCUGGGAAGUGUCUUCCCUCUUUUUAAAGUAAUCUUUAUUGUUGUUUCAUCAAAGAAAAGAAAAUUUAGAAUCAUGUGAUUUUUUAAAAUCCAUAACAUUACUAUGUCUACAUGAUAUAUCAAAAUUCUUUGAAAAUUGCAACUUGGCCUUUCCAUAUACAUUCGUUUACCAACAAAGUCUGGGUGCAGUCUUACAAAGUGUUAAAAUAUCAAAAUCAAAUUCAAAUUGAAGUUAAUUUAAAUUCCCAUUGACGAUUUGAGUUAAAUCAUAUUCUGAGUUUGAUCCGAAUUGUCUUACAGAUUCAAUUAUUUGUAAGACAGGUGUGCUUUACAUGUAUAUUUACAUGUUGUGAUGACUUGCCUUUAUUAUUUUUAUCGUGAAUACAUCCAAGGAAGUUUGUUGCAAAAUAAUGUGGAAAAUAAUGUGUAAUAAAUGUAUGAAUUACAUUUA